AAACUACUAUAAAAAGAGAAAAGGAAACAUUGAAUGCAUUAAAUCUUUAUGAUAUGUUAGCAUUUACGGCUAACAAAAGAUUUUGCUAGUACCAAAUCAAUUUUUUUUUAUGAUAUGUUACCAUUUACAGCUAACAAAGAAAGAAAAAAAAAAAAUCUAUUCACAUUUAUAUGUGAAAAUAUAUUUCAGCCUAUAUAAAUUGAACGUAACUUUCCAAGCACUUUAAACAAAAAAAAAUGGUUGCAUACUUGAAAAACAACUUUUUCUUGGUUCUUACAAUUGUUGUACUUCCUUUUGUUGUGUCAUCAUCAUAUGGAAACUUUAGUACGAUGGUUACAAAAGAUGAGAUCAACAUCAUAUGCACAAAAGAAUAUGUCAAUUCUUCACUUUGUUUUGAGCUUCUAAAAUCAAUCCCUAAAAUCUCAGCUUUAGAUUUUAAUGGCCUCACUAAAUUUCUUAUCAAAUAUCAGUCCCGAAACGUUUCAGAUGCGUUGAACCAAAUAAAAAUGUAUGCAGGCAACGCAACGGAUUUGCAGACAAUUGAUUUAUGUGUAAGAUUAUAUGAAAAUACUCUUUAUGACACUGAUCAUAUUCUCAAAGCUUUGGCAACCAAGAAAUACUUCAUUGUAAACAUUUACAUCACAGGCUUAGAUGCCAAUAUGGGUAUAUGCAGAGAAGAAUUAGUAGUGAUGAAGCCAAGACUCGAAGUCUUGAUCACGAGAAAUAAAGUCAUUACAAAUCUCUCUUCCAUUAUUUUGUGUAUUCUGGAAUGUUAUCUAGCAAAAGAAAAAGCAUAUUGUUAAUUUACUAUAAUGAUAUUGCUUGGUCUGAUGUUGUCAUCGCAUUUUUAAUAUAAAAAACUAGAUGAUAAUUGUCGCGCAUGGAGUGAGAUUUUAUAGUAAAUAAAGAUUUUAACAUUUUGCAAUA